AAAUCUCGCGAUACCUAGGUGCCUGAGUGGCUCUCCACCGGUGAGGGUUUGCUGCGAAGAUGGAGUAUUCCGCGCCAGCCACGGUGCAGGCCGCGGACGGCGGAGGGGCCGGGCCUUACAACAGCUCGGAGUUGCUGGAGGGCCAGGAGCCGGACGGGGUGCGCUUUGACCGCGAGAGGGCGCGCCGCCUGUGGGAAGCCGUGUCCGGUGCCCAGCCGGUGGGUAGGGAGGAAGUGGAGCACAUGAUCCAGAAGAACCAAUGUCUCUUCACCAACACCCAGUGUAAGGUUUGCUGCGCCUUGCUAAUUUCUGAGUCCCAGAAGCUGGCACAUUACCAGAGCAAAAAACAUGCCAACAAAGUGAAGAGAUACCUAGCAAUCCAUGGAAUGGAGACAUUAAAGGGGGAAACGAAGAAGCUAGACUCAGAUCAGAAGAGCAGCAGAAGCAAAGACAAGAACCAGUGCUGCCCCAUCUGUAACAUGACCUUUUCCUCCCCUGUCGUGGCCCAGUCGCACUACCUGGGGAAGACCCACGCAAAGAACUUAAAGCUGAAGCAGCAGUCCACUAAGGUGGAAGCCCUGUCGAAACGCCUUACAAAUCCUUUCCUUGUGGCCUCCACCUUAGCCUUGCACCAGAAUAGAGAGAUGAUAGACCCAGACAAGUUCUGCAGCCUCUGCCAUGCAACUUUCAACGACCCUGUCAUGGCUCAACAACAUUAUGUGGGCAAGAAACACAGAAAACAAGAGACCAAGCUCAAACUAAUGGCACGCUAUGGGCGGCUGGCGGACCCUGCUGUCAGUGACUUUCCAGCUGGAAAGGGCUACCCCUGCAAAACAUGUAAGAUAGUGCUGAACUCCAUAGAACAGUACCAAGCUCAUGUCAGCGGCUUCAAACACAAGAACCAGUCACCAAAAACAGUGGCAUCAUCCCUGGGCCAGAUUCCAAUGCAAAGGCAACCCGUUCAGAAAGACUCAACCACCUUGGAAGACUAGAGGUGAUUCUUCCCAGCAUCCCAUGUUGGGCCAGCCAUGAGCCAGCUUCCCGUGACUGCUCAGCCCUUGGCUCCCUCUUACUCCUUGUUCUUACCAGGAAAGUACAUAGGCCUGAGGCAGGAUUGGGCCACAGACAGCCUCCGAUUGGUCCAGGCUAAUUCACUCCUGCUGCUCCCCUUUGGCAGGGGUCCUGUAGGUCAUGACAGGGGAGGCAAGGGUAUUGAGAGACUUGGGGUCUCGCGGGGUGGUAGUUUGGAGGGUGGCUUUCCCCCUUCCCCAACCCCUCUGGGCCAUAGGUGCUGAGGCCCCUGCCACCUGUCUUUCCUCUAAAGGUCAGUUUUGGGCCAGUUCUUGCAACUAAAGAGCAGAGAUCUCUCUGGGCCCUAGACUUCCAGCGAAACCUGGAACUUUCAUGCCAAACCUGGGCCGGGGCAGGAAACAGAGGAAAUGGCUGCAACAUGGGAGCUUGGAGCUAAUCCGACACUCCGCCUUCCCCCAGAAGGUGCAGGCUUUCCUGAGUCUUAGAACAGAUAUGGCCAGUUGCACAGGUUUCUGCCAACUGUGAAGUCUCCUCCUGGAGCAGUGACACAGUCGUGGUGGAGCAUUGCUACCCCUGCUGCCCCUCUCCACAGUUCCUGAAUGGUGCUAAGGAUCUGCAGCAGUUGGCAACGAGCCGGGGCUGGGGGCAGCCUCCAUGUUCACUGGGAUCAUAGGACACUCCAAUGGGGAUAGGACCUUUCCCCUCCUCCAUCAGAGGUGCUCUGACCCAAGGUCACAUGGGAAAGUGCCCCACAUGCAAGUCUCCCUGAGGGUUCUGCCCCUAAAGGCAAACUGCCUCAUGCCAGCUAGCUGUGAGGUUCAUUGCUACCCUCUGCCCUACUAGCCCUCUCUUCCCCCUUGUGCAGCAGACCACCUCGCCCAGGUUGCUGUGGUGCUAGCCUUCCCCAUCAUCCACCAGGCGAUUUCUGGGUCCCAGGGAAAGAAAUAGAGAGCUGAUGCAGGUUCUACAGUGAGGAGCAGGUGUUCCCCAGGCCCCACACCCAGAUUUCUCUAUCUUUGCUGUGUUUUAUGGCCUGGGACUGAGUCCACAGGGAUAGAUUUUUCCUUGUAGCUUUGAGGCAAGAAUUCCAAGGAGUGUCACCAUCAGAGGCUUCUCUUCAUUGUGUCAGAGAAGCCCCUAGCUGCUCUCGUGGCCUCCUUCCCCCACUCCCUGUCCCUUCACCUGUGAAAUGCCUUUGCUUUGCAUAUUGUGUGUGGAUGUGUGUGUGUGUGUGUGUGUGUGUAUGUGUGUGCUUAUGUGUGUGCCUAAUGCUCUGUCUCUUGGUCACUGAAGCAUCCAAAUAAAGAAUUUCCCCCAUGAGCCAGACUGCAACUUAACAGACCUAGGGUUUUGAGCCAUAUUGCCAUUGGAUCUAGUAUGUCUGUCUUGACCCCUCACCUCCACCCCAUUCAGACCUCAGUAGUCCCCAGUAGUCACUUUAGGAGUUGGGACAGAGACAAGCACCCUGUGAAAGUCUCCCUUGAGUUCAGGUCCCCUGAACUCAAUACAGCCUCAUCUUCUCAUCCACCUUUUCCUGCUUCUCCUGUCACAUAGGGCCUCAUGAAGGUCUUUAAAGGAUUUAAGCUGGGGAUCUGCUUUAUGUUUGAGAGAAUUAUUCUGGCUGUUUUGUAAAGGAAUGCAGGGAGGGGCAGGAAAGGAGACAAGGAGGCCAGUAUGGAAACUGUGUCCAGUGUGGCUUUCCAGGCUAAUCACUUAGGGCAGAGACCCAGCCUUAUUCAUCUCUACUUCCUGAUGUCCAUAGUAGUGUGUCAUGAAGUUUUAUUGAAUGAAUAAAUGAGGUGUAUGAGGAGAGCUGGUUUUUUCCUGCUCAGCUCUUACACAGUGAUAGGUUUGUUCCAUGGGACUUAUCAUAGGCCUGGUGAUUCUUGAAAGAGCAUUUUCCAUGACUCAAAAAUGAGCUGAGAAGGAGUGUUAUAGCCAGGUGUGGCGGCAUGCACCUAUAGUCCCAGCUGCUCAGGAGGCUGAGGCAGAAAGACCAUUCAAGCCCAGGAGUUCCAGCCUGUAGUAUGCUAUGAUCAUGCCUGUGAAUAACCACUGCACUCCAGCCAGGGCAACAUAACAAGACUCUAUCU